AUGGUGAUAUUGGAAAUCCAGAAGAAACGUUGUCGUGCUGGAACAACAAGAGUCGUGGGCACUUUUGACAUUGCUGUAGCUAAGGAAGUGAUCAUGGCUCAUUCGGCGUAUGCACGUGCAGCAGGUCUCCAGAGCGAGGUCAACAAGAUCACAGUCACAAGGGUAGCUGGAAAUGAGGUAGAAUAUAAACGUCAGCUUAACCUAUAUCGAAAAGAUAUGAUGUUAACAAUUAAUAACAUCCAAAGAGAGGAAAAACGCUUGAAGAAGUCCAUGGUGAGAUAUCGUGGACGUAUGCGACAGAAUCGACGUGAAAAGAAACAGAGAGAUAAGGAGGAUUUUGAAAGAGAUCAGAGAGCAAUGAACAAUAUGUCAAAUGUAUUAGUGGUUCAAAGUCGAUCCGAAGUAGUUGCACAGUCUGAUCCCUUAAAGGAGGGUUCUCCAGACAGUGGGAUUGGUGAGGAAAUUCAAAAUGGGUCAAAGGAGGACGGAGCAAUGGUGGACAAUACUUUGGAUGAUGAAAACGAAAAUGAAGACAGUGAAAACGCGAAAUUAAAAUCCAAAAGGUGCGUCAAAAAACUGAAAAAAGGCGAAGAUUGUAACGAUAAAACAUAUAUCACAUUACCUGUUAUAAACGAGGAUACGGAGGAGACAGAGGAUAAAUCUGUAACAGGAACAGUGAUAGAGGAGGAUAGGGAAGAUAUGGAGGGGACACCGAUUGAAAACGAAGUGCAACAGCCACAAGACAAAAGAGAAGUAUCAGUAAGUGAUUCAAAGGUACUAGAACUGCCUGACGUCAUAAAAAGUAAACGUCGUCCUGCUAAGAUUCUCAAAACAAAGAAACAAGUCGUGUCGUUUGCUGAUUUGAUAAAACUGCAACAUUCCACCAGUACAAAGAAACUAUUUGAUUUAGUUCACAUACUCGCGGAAAAGCACGGAGUAAGAGAGGACCAGGAUGCCCUAGAGAAAGAGAAUAGAAAUAUUGUAGCUCUGAGAAGCACAGGUCAAGGGAUAUCUGACUCAAUGAUGCGCGCAGCGUCUGUACUCUAUCCUAUGAAAUUCGGAUACGUUUCGACUAAUGAUUUAGAAGUUGAAGAACCUACAACGCCUUCCUCGAUAAUGGAUGACCCGUCCACGGAUAAUUCCGGACUUUCGUCUCCAUUGGAAACCAAACAUGCAAGUAAACCUUCUUCUCCUCAUGUGAACUUUCGGAUUACUGACAAUCAGAGUUCGGGGGUAAGGAACUAUUCUAGACAAACAGAACCGACUCUACCAAGUGUUCGGAGUUCGUAUCCUAAAGAGAAUGUAAAACGAAACAAUAGCAUGCCAACGCUACUUGAUCAGGUAGAAAAAGUGCAGAAAGCAAAUUCACACAAACAUAAUGACAUUGCCUCCUCUCAAAGACGCCAUUCUUUGUCAAAGUCGUCUAACUCCACACCAAGGAUUUUACCGCCAUUGGAGAAAAAGAGAUUGUCAGCCGGAAAUGUAUAUGAAAAGAAAAGUGAUGCAGUGUCAUGGACGGAGGCGUUUGCGCUGUUGAAGGGAGUACAUAACUUAUUUGAUUAG